ACGAUUGCGGCGGCACAGGCCAUUGUGAACGCAGCCAACUCCUCCGAGACGACAAUCUCUGCCCAUGAUAUGGGUCUUUCACAGCAGCAGCAUCCCUGCUCUGGCGAUUUGAUGGACCAUUUAAGUCUGGCGACCCUCGGCGGCGCCAAUCCAGGCAAUGCUGCCAACACCGCUGCUGGUGGUGGUGGUGGUGGUGGACGCCUCGCGCCUAAUCUUGUUGGUGGCCUGAAGAUGGAUGAGUAUCCAUCGAGGUCUUUUGAAACAGACCUCGAGGAGUCCUCUAACCGGUCUAGUUCUGUCCCACCUUGUGGAGAUGGACAAGAUUCCACUGGUACGUUGCCGCAUUUGCUUUAUUUGAAUGUUCCUCCUCUGCACGCGUCUCCUCAUGUAGGAAACGGGGGUCCCAAAACAGUCUGUGUUAGUCGUUUCCACCCCAUUGAAUUGUUGCUUUAA